CACUUCUUUACGCAGAUACCACAACCGAUACAUAAAAACUCUGAGAUGAACGCUAUCUUAUCGGUCGAUUUCACUUCUAUGCAAAGUUUGCCUGGAAGGUCAAUUAGCAUGAGCACUCCGCCAGUGCUUCGGGUGGAGGCGCACCCAUUUUGA